AUCUAUUCUCAUUUCUCAAUUCUCACCACCCACCUCGAAUACCUCCUCCUUCACCGCCACCCAUGGCCGAGAACACCUACCGCAAUACCCAAAGCCAUCACGCCCACGCCACCGAUCAUGGCAUCAGCUACAAAGACGACUUAACCAGGCCUCAUCAAAACGCCGGUGGUCCGACCACCCAGCAAAUCCUAGCUUUCGUCACCCUCCUACCCAUCGGCGCCGUCCUCCUCGGCCUCUCGGGCCUCACCUUCGUCGGCACUCUCAUCGGCCUCGCCAUCGCCACCCCACUCUUCCUCCUCUUCAGCCCUGUCAUAGUCCCGGCGGCGCUGACCAUUGCGCUGGCGGUGGCCGGAUUCCUGGCCUCCGGAGCCUUCGGGAUCACGGCGCUGUCGUCGCUGUACUGGCUGGCCAACUAUGUGCGGCGGAACAAAGGAGCAGCUCGGGAGCAGAUUGAGCACGCGAAAUGGCGGCUGCAUGAGCACCCGGCGGGGCAGAAGAUUAGGGAAUUGGGUCAGAAGAUCCAAGAGAGCGCUAGAUCUUGAGCUUAGCUUAGGUUCUUCAGUUCCAUCAGAAAUUUCUGCUUUGUUUUCAAUUCUGUAUUAUCUGGUUUUUCAGUGUUUGUGAGUACGUUGUGGUAUGUAUAUUUACCAUGUUUAAAUGUUUGUUUGUUGCGCUAAUAAAAUGGACUGUUUAAAUUGUGUA